AUGCACCGCGCUGCCUCCAACCAGCGCUCGGUCUCCUCCUCUCCGGGCUCCUUCCAGCCGCCGCCGCCGCCGCCGCCGCCGCCGCUGCCGCCGCACGCCGCCGACCGGCAGCCCCUCUUCCAGAGGGGCUCCAGCAGCGGCGGCAGCCGGCGGGCUCGGGUGCUGGGGCCCGGCGGGGCGGGGGGAGGGCGGCGCUGGGGCUUCCAGGCGCUGUCCCUGGUGCUGCUGCUGGGGCAGGGCGCGCUGCUGGACCUCUACCUGAUCGCCGUCACCGACCUGUACUGGUGCAGCUGGAUCGCCACCGACCUGGUGCUGGCGGCCGGCUGGGGCAUCUUCUUCUGCCGCAACAGCCGGGCGCGCCGCCGGGAGCGGCCCCCGCCGCCCCCCGGGCCGCCGCCGCCGCACCCGCUGCUGCUGCACGGCCCCCCCGGCGGCCGCGGGGCCGGGGGCCGCGGGGCCGGGGUCCCCCCCCGCGGCGGCGACUUCGCCUACGCGCACCUCGCCUGGCUCAUCUACUCCAUCGCCUUCACGCCCAAGGCGGCGCUGAUCCUGGGCACCUCCAUCCUGGAGCUGAUCGAGCUGCGCCUGCCGCUGGGCACCACCGGCUUUCGCAUCACCCUGGCGCUCUCCGCGCCGCUGCUGUACUGCCUGCUGCGGGCCAUCGGCACCGAGGGCGCCGGGCAGCUGCUCCUGCCGCCGCAGCCGCCGCCGCAGCACCGCGCCGCCGCCGCCUUCCUCGCCACCUGCCUCGACCUGCUCGACAGCUUCUCCCUGCUGGAGCUGGUGCUGCAGCCCGGGCGGCCGGCGCCGCUGCCCGCCCCGCUGCGCUACCUGCUCAUCGCCGUCUACUUCCUCUGCCUGGCCUCGCCGGUGCUGUGGCUGUACGAGCUGAGCGCCGCCCGCCCGCCCGGCGCCGCCCGCCUCGCCCUGCACCUCCUGCUGCCCGCCGGGCUGCUGGACGCGCCGCUGCUGGCGCUGCGCUGCCUCCUGCUCCUGCGCUACCAGCAGCCGCUGUCCCUCUUCAUGCUCAAGAACCUCUUCUUCCUGACCUGCCGCGGCCUGGAGGCGCUGGAGACCUGCUGCCUCCUCCGCCCCGCCGCCGCCCCGCCGCCCGCCAAGUACGGCCCGGCCGCCGCCGCCCCCGCCGCCGCCCCGCUGGCCCACGGGCUCUCCGACGUGGACGUGGGUCCCCACGGGUACGUGAACGCCCUGGCGGUCACCGCCCAGGGCUGAGCCCCCCGGGCCCGCUGCCGGCAGAGGCUCUGUCUCUGCGUUCUGCUCAGGUUCCCUCCGCCGUGGCCGAGCAGGGGAAGGGGACGUGGGUUUCCCUGUCAGACGCCCGUUCCCCUCCUCCCUUCCUUAUGGACAAAUCCAGCAGCGGAAGCUCCGCACAAACCCGACUACCUGCAGGAGCCUACGGAUGACGCUUGUCCCCAGAAAAUGCACCUGUCCUUCAUGACAAGACUUCUUCCAGUGCUUCUGCAUCUCCACUGUCUGGAGGGUCCCACUAUUCCCCCCCUCCCAGGACAUUGUGUUGCUUUCUCACCGAAAAGGUUUGGUCUUUCCUUUUCAUCCGCAACAGGGACCAGUGCAUUUUGUCCCCUCCUUUGAGAACUCCUGCUGACCACAAUAAUGAGAUGCAAGAGGGGCCUGACCAGCAGACGUCGCCUCCAGGUACAGAAAGGACAGAAGGAAGCACGCUUUGGUUUCCCUAGGUCCUGCAAAGCUGCUGCCUGUGUUUCCCAGGCCUUUGUGUACCAGCUAAGGAACCUCUGGAAGCACGCCGGCCACUCGGUCACUUCAGCCCAUGAGCCACCUUCUCCUAGCCAAAAUGUCUACCUCUGUGCUUCAACCUUUUGCAUCUUACAUUGACUUCACAUGCUAAAGAAACCAGUCCAGCAUGAACACAAACCAGGGCUUAGGCCCCAUUUCAUAACCACCAAGACAUUUAUUUCUGGUGAGAACAGGGUUUACAGCAGCCUCCUGCUGGCCUCCCCAGGUGCUGGGGCUCUCAUUUCUCUGUGAAUAUGCAUGUUUACAGGAUCAGCAUUGGUUUUCUUUUACACGGAGUGUAGGGUCUUCCUUUCCACAGCCAGAAAGGCUGGAAAAUUUCCUCUGGCCCCCUUCCAUGCCUGCUUGAGAGAGCAGAGAUGGGGCUAAGCCUGCAAAGUGCCCCCUCUCCAAGAGCAGAGCAGAGCAGAGGACGCUGGCACUGCUUGGGGUGGGCUCCAUGCUCAGCGAACCAAACAUUUCAGCACAGAAAGCAAAGUGCUGCAGGAGCCCUCAGGGCAGAGGGGCUCUCGAGCUUUGGUGAAAGCCCAUGGAUCAGCAUCCUGUCCUCUGUGUGCAUGUGGUUUAGGGUAGGUGGGGAAAAAUUGUUAGUAACCUCUCAUAGGAACACAGUUUUCUUUGGUUUGAAGCUCCAUGAAUGUUGGGUGGGGUUAAGGCCUGCUCUUCUGCCUGGCUGCAGCUGCUCCUAAAACCAGCCCAUGGAAGGAGGAGCACACAGACCACGUCUGGAGGAAGGACUUUGCCCCUCCCAGGCUUAUAUUUUGUUAUCUGGGCAAGGCUGCAAUAAUUGUGAAAAACAACAGUUUCCUGUCGCAAGUUUGUUUUUUUUUUUUUUUUUUUAAGCUGUCCUGAUGGGAAGGGGAAAUAAAGCACAACCAACUGCUACCCACAGCAGGACUGCAGGUGCAGCCCAGACUUCUUCCGCACACACAUUUAUUCUUUCUUUCAGGGCUUGGGCUUCAGAGCCUGUGUCCCAGCUUCCUUCUCACAGAGUGGGAUCAACUGCCUGCUCCGGUGGACUGCUACAACAAAAUGUUUACAGUCUGGAAACUUCCAGCUCCCAGAGGCAGAAGUGGGGCUGCCAUGGGGCUCUUCUCCCCCAGCUCUCGGUGGCUGAUGGGUUUUGAGGGGCUGGAAAAGCCCCAAGGAAAGAUGGGUCAAUAGUGCUGUUCUGUUCAGAAGUGCAGCUAGGAUGGGUGACUCGCUCCUCUCCUCGUGCCAAAUGGAGAGUUGGCAAAAGCUAGGCUUAACUUUCCCACCAGUGCUUUAUUUUUAACCUGAGCCCUUACGUGGGCAGUUGUGUGAAUUUUGGCCAGUGGCCUUUCUCUUCGGUAACUUCUUCUUGUCUGGACAAUCUUGGUGCUGUGAGUGACUGUGAUUGUAAAACUUGGUACUGUGAACUUUUCCUAUGUGAUGUGAAAUGUGUUGAGGGGAUGCUAAGUUCCUGGCCAAAGGAGGUGUAAUUACAGGCAUAUUACGCUUGUACAGAUAUUUGUUUCCUUGCACCUUCCUUUUUCAGCAUUAAAUAGGUAGCAGAAGCUCAGAAAUAAUUAUUCAAGAGAGAAUAAGGUGAUACCUGAACCUUGGACUACUCCAUUCUUCAGUCAAACAGCUGAAAGGAAAAAAAAAUUCCCCAACCAACUUUGCCAAAAACAAGCUGAAGGAAAAAAAAUGCUUUUCAUCACCAACUACAUUUGGCUGCUCCUAUGGCCAAGUUCCCAAUAGCACCAAAGUGCUAAUCCCUAAUACACUGAAGCAUGAGCAUAGUUGAGACAUCAAAAGAAUCACAGCACAAUUAUUAAUGAGUCUUACUUCAGUAGCCCUCCAUAGCCCAUAACAAAGUUGCUGUUUCAAAAGUGAGUGCCUUUUUCCAGUUAAGACGUUAUUGAGAAAAAUGGCAUAUUUGAAAUUUAUCUGGCCAUGGCAUUUUUAACCCAUUGGCAGAGAACUCACAGUUCAGAUUUUUCCAUGGAUGAAAAGGUUGCCCGGGACACAUGACCCUGCAAAAUGACACUUGUGUUGCAUAGAAUUCCUUUGUAGAAAAAGUUGUUCUUUGUGGUGCCAUGGUUUCUAGGUUGUUAGGAAUUGUGCUGUUUGGAGAGUGUUAAAGCUCUUGUAGUUGCCUAUACUGAACCCCCCUUGCAACUAAAAGGGCAGCUCUGCUGCUCCUGCAAUUACUUACUAUGAAAAAACAUUUAAAGAGCUUCAACGUCUUGUUUAUAAACCUGCCCCUCCUCUUGAAUUCCCUCCUCUUUGGUAAUUGAGCUCUUGCUUCCUUAAACCUUUCUGUUUGCAGAAGAGAGCUGGUGGUACCACGGAAGUGCAAACAGUACCUCUCCUGAUGCACCUUGCACAACUCCUGUACAUUGUGCCAACAUUCAAUUACUGGUCCAGGUCAGUAACGCUUUGCUGAACGAAUUUGUGCCAUACUAAGACACAGGUCCCUUGGGAUGCUGUUACACAACUCAGUUAUUUAGCAUUUUACUGCUCUUUGUUUGCUAUCCUGACAAAAGAGAUGACUACUCCCAGGAGGGGAAACAGAAGUGGCAGAUAAGGCCUGUGGCUGAUGGACACUUGGCAUCCCCCUGGCAUUAAUCAGAACUUGUAUUUUUUAAAAAGCAAGAUUGUUAAAAUAAAAUUAGAAACUUGUGACUGAUUUUGUUCCUUUUUCCCCCUCCUUUGAUUCUUACUGGGAUAUUCAAUUUUGCUUUGAAUAGGGACCAACAGAUGCGUUAAAGUUCCUUGUUUUCCUCA